GAUCCUUCGCAUGAGUGUAGCGUGUUGGAGGAGUUCUUCGUUGCGCUGUUCGACUUUCCUCCUUCGACGACGUUCCCUUCCUGUUGUUGGAUCGGAAGUUACGACAUUUGGCCGUUUGGCUGGAUUUAGCUCAAAUACGCUUCAAAUCCGGCCUAAAUCCUGCAAACAAGCAGCCCCUAGGAGUCCGGACGCAGAAUAAUUUCUCCUCGGCGAAGAGGGAGAAAGAGGACGAUGGCUAUAAGCUCAGGGUUAUUUUCCACUUCCGCCGCUGGCGACGCGGACGGUGUCAGAGAGAGCAGGAAGAAGGAGGAGCUGGAUUGGCCGGAGUGGGGAAGAGGUUGGCUGCACGUCGUCGGGGAGUUCUUCUUCCAGAGAAUCUCAGCUAGCCAUCUUGAGAAUCCCUUAACCCUUCCUCACCUCAACGGCUUUACUUGCAUUGUCACAGGCUCCACUAGCGGAAUCGGCCUAGAAAUUGCCAGGCAACUUGCUGAGGCAGGAGCCCAUGUUGUCAUGGCCGUCAGGAGAAUGAACUCAGCAUAUGAAUUGAUUCAGAAGUGGAAGAGUGAAAAGCAAGGAUUGUGCUUGCCGCUUAAUGUUGAGGUAAUGGAGCUUGAUCUUCUCUCACUGGAUUCUGUUAUGCAAUUUGCUAAAGCUUGGAAUGCUCGGCAAGAAGCAUUGCAUGCUUUGAUCAAUAAUGCUGGCAUUUUUACCUUGGGAGAGUCACAGCGCUUUUCAAAGGAUGGGUAUGAAGAACAUAUGCAAGUGAACCAUUUGGCUCCGGCAUUAUUGUCUAUGCUGCUUAUACCAUCGCUUCUCCUUGGUUCUCCAAGCAGAAUAAUUAACUUGAAUUCCAUUAUGCACUCCGUGGGUUUUGUCAAUCCAGAAGAUAUGAAUAUAACUUCAGGCAAGAGAAAAUAUACAAGCUUGGCAGGAUAUUCCAAUAGUAAGCUGGCACAGAUAAAAUUCAGUAGCAUCCUUCAAAAGAGAAUACCGGCUGAAGCUGGCAUCAAUGUAAUCUGUGUUUCUCCUGGAAUUGUCCACACUAAUGUUGCGAGGGAUCUUCCUAAAGUUUUGGUAGCAGGGUAUCAUUUGAUUCCCUACUUCAUUUUUGAUGCCCAGGAAGGUUCAAGAAGUGCCCUUUUCGCCGCAACUGAUCCUCAGGUUCCUGAUUAUUGCGCAAUGCUGAAAGCUGAUGAGUGGCCUGUUUGCGCCUACAUCUCGCAUGACUGUCGGCCGGCAAAUGCAUCGGAGGAAGCUCACAAUCUCGAAACCUCUCAGGCCGUGUGGGAGAAAUCUCUGAAAAUGAUCGGCCUCCCCGCCGAUGCACUGGAAAAUCUCAUCGAAGGUAAAAAUGUUGAGCAACAUUUUGGGAAUUAAUUUUACUUUAUAUCGUUGUAGGAUAAAAGCUUGAUGUUGUUGUUCUGUAUGUAGAAAAAUCAUACUUUUUCAGAUGCACCUCAUUUGUAUCUUUAUGAGUGUAUGGGCUGAUCUAAUAUGGAGGUACUUUGUUGAUGGUUGUGGCCUAAUGUGAAUACUCAAAAUUUAUUUAGUAUCUAUAAUACUUAACUAAAAAUAAUGAUUUAUUGGU